GUGUGACUGUCUGCUGUGCUGAGGCUGAGCCGGAGACUCAGUCAGUGAGGGGCGGGGCGGCCGGGUGACGUCAGCACACCUGGUAACAGCCGCCGGACUCUCCCUCGCUCUCUCUCUCCCCUUGCCAGGGCUCAGUCUCCGGGAAGGGAAGCGGCGCUGGGAUAGAGCCGGGAGAGGGGGACGCGGCUGAUUGGCCGGCGCGGGUCACGUGGAGCUGUGGUGUCUCUCUGCCUGCUGCUGGGCGCUGGGGUGUCGUCGGCGGUAGUCGGAACGGAGGGAGCCGGUGAAGGGGAAGGGGCCCGGACGGAGGAGAGGAGAUACAGCGCCGGGCGGAGUGGAUGGGCUGACAGCGCCGACUGUGGCAGCGGACGUGAGGGGAGUGAGAGGCCGGAGAGUGACUCCCCUUCCCGGGCAGCAUGGUUGAGUACAUUGUGGAAUAUGACUACGAAGCGGUACAUGAAGAUGAGCUGACGAUACGGGUGGGGGACAUUAUCAAGAAUGUGAAAAAGCUGGACGAGGAGGGCUGGCUGGAGGGCGAGAUCAAUGGAAAACGAGGAGCUUUCCCCGAUAACUUUGUUAAGGAAGUCACAAAGGAUACUGAACCAAAGGAAGAAAAUGUGUCUAAAAGGGAAAAAGCUGGAAAUGUGGCUAGUUUAGUGCAGAGAAUGAGCGUGUAUGGGAUUCCUGGAAUAAGACCACCACCUCAGAACAGGUCCUUCAAGAAAAAAUCCAAAAAGAGACAAUGUAAAGUUGUCUUCGAAUACAUUCCACAGAAUGAAGAUGAGCUGGAGCUUAAAAUCGGAGAUAUACUUGAAAUCACUAAUGAGGUAGAAGAGGGCUGGUGGAGCGGGACCUGCAGCGGGCGUUCUGGGCUGUUUCCGUCUAACUUUGUGAAAGAGCUGGACCUGUCCGACGAUGGUGAAAGCCAGGAAAGCUCCGAAGAUCCAGCUGAUCCUCCUGCUGUUACUUCCCCUACGUCACCUGUACCAUCACCAGCUAGUAACUCAGAAGGGUCUCCCGUGACGGUGGCGCAGCCCAAGAAGAUCAUGGGAGUUGGAUUUGGAGAUAUUUUCAAAGAAGGGUCUGUGAAGCUCAAGCCAAGGAUACCGACCGCCGAACCAGAAGUCAGAAAGCCUGAUAAGCCAUUACCCACCCCAACACCAGCGACAAAAGUGGCUCGCACAACAAGUUCAGACCUACCACGGACAGAAACAGACAGCAAACCUAAAGCCAAAGAGAUGUGCAGGGCGCUGUAUCCUUAUGAGGGCGUAAAUGAGGAUGAGCUUAGUUUUAAAGAAGGGGACAUCAUCCAUGUAUUAAGUAAAGAUACUGGGGAUCCAGGCUGGUGGAGAGGAGAACUGAAUGGGAAAGAAGGAGUUUUUCCUGACAACUUCGCUGUAAUCUGCGAUUCUGAAAAGGAAAAGCCAAAGAAGCCUCCCCCUCCUACAAAAAGUCCAGUACCAAAGCCAGAACUUCGUAUUGGAGAAAAGAGGUUCACUCCCCCCAAACCAGAAGAGAAAGAAGAGAAGCCAUUUUUGGAUCCUAAGCCUUGCAAACCAGCCGCACCUCAGGUACCCCCAAAGAAACCCAUCCUUGUAAACAAGUCUAAUAGUCUACACAAGCCAGCCACCAUCCCGCCCAAACGGCCGGAGAAGCCAGCAUUCACUGCACCCCCAUCCAAGCCGAAUGGGGAGUCGCCUAUUAAUCGACCAAAGUCUGAGCCUGAGCCGUUUAGUAAAACAAAAAUGGACCUGGAACAGAUAUUAAGUCGACCAAAAUCCGUGGAGGUUGAGCCGAGUGCGGUGAAAAGCCCCAGAGAAAGUGCUCCAUCAGAGAACAGCUUUGAUGAUGUGCUGUCUACCUCAGAAAACCUUUCCCACCCAACUGCCAGCAGACCAAAGAUGACCGGCAAGAGACCUCCCGGCCGAUUCAACGGUCUGAGUGCUAAUAAUAAAGAUCUGAUUGAGAACCAAAAGGUACUUCAUACCGAAGAAGAGGAGAGUGCCAAAAUCGUAAUAGCAGAAGUAAAGAAGCCAUCCGUUUCCAUACCUGCAACCCCUAUCUUCACACCCACGUCAACUGUGUCAAGACCCAGCACCACUCCCUUAAGUCCUGUCUUUAUGGAUGUCAAAGCAAAGUAUGAUCUCCAUGAUGGAAAGAAGAGCGAGGUGGAUGAGUUACGGGCACAGUUCAACGAGCUGCUAACGGUCGUGGAUGCACUCCGAAAAGAACAUAGGAAAGAGCUGGAUAAAAUAAAGAAAGAUUUAGAAGAGGAAAGAAUGCUACGUACUAGUUUAGAAAGUGACAUUGACAAGCUAAAGAAAGCCGUGCAGCUGACAUGAAGCAGCCUGUUCCUGUCCUUUCAGAGUUCAACGUCCGUUUCAGAUAUUUAAUGGUCCGCUUUCUCACAUUCAUGGGAAACACCGUUAACAUAUAUUGCGUGUCUCUAAAGACGACCAUUCUUUUUUCCUUUCUUUUUGUUUUGCCAAUAAGAUGAAAGGGGCCUUAACUUCUUCCUGUGCUGGCGCUGCAGACCUUCUCUUUCCUGGUUUUGCUGGAUUAUACUACUGAACUUCCAUGUAAAGAGACAGAAUUUCUUUAUCAGACUUUUUAUUGAAUACUUAUAUUGUCAUUUUUAAAUAUGUUUAUGCUCUGAAUAAGGUGAUAUAUCUUUACGAAUAAUCUGUAAUAUAGUCUUAUCAGGGGUCCAAAAUAGCCUUAGAUUAUUGGUAGCUGAUGUUUUCCUACACUUGGAAAGGGAAAUAUAUUUUUGACAUAACUUUUUUUGUUUUUUUCUGUAUAUUUUAGCUUUCUUACUCCGAAUUGCCCACAGUUGUGCCUCUGCGCAGCCUGAGUAUUAAUAACAAGCUGUGUAUAAUUAAGUUUAUAUAGAAUAGUGAUAUGUUAAUUUACUUUGUUGGAAACAUCGGACACAUGCAAAUUUAGUAAAACAUCGUCUUUUUUUUUUUUUUUUUUUAACUUUAGUAAUAUAUAACAUAAACAUCAAGUCACUUGCACUAGGAUACGUACAAGGGAAUGUGUUAAUCAAUGCAGUUUAAUGGGAGCAUUGCACUUACACUGGAUAAUUCCUCGAUCACAUCUAUGAAAAUCAUUCCAUGAGCACUUUCCCAAUUCGGUUUCCGCAUGCAUAAUUAAACCUUCCGUUCUAACGCAAGCCCGUUUAGUCUCCCUGCGAUGACAGAGGCUCUUUGGCACUAUGCAAUACCUUAUUUUUUACAUACGCAGAAAAUCAUUAAGUAUUUGUGUAUUACUUUACUCCUGUUUCUGUCACAUUUGUCUGUUUUGUUUGUUUUAUUAAAAAUCCGUUCAGCCAAGUGACAGUAUAAAUGAUUGGACUAAGAUUAUAUUCUUCUAAAAUAUUGGGUGAUUGUCUAUGAGAGAGAGAUGAACUGGUUUUUGUCAUGUUUCGGUUUUUAUUUUGUAAUAUAUUUUCAUAUACCAGUAUCCGAUUAGCUGCUAUGGGACUGCUUAAUUGAAAUGUAAAUCAGUAAAUGAUACCUUGAAUUAUAUACACAUGCAUUUUGCCAUCUGGCGCUAACCAUAUGGCAUCGGGACUGUUCCUAACCCUGCCUGAGGUUGAGCUUUGCUCCCUCUCCUCUUCCCUCUCUGUCAUAUAAAUAUUAUGCUGUAGCGAUUGCUACCCGGCCUUUGAUAGGUGCCAGCAUCCCCACCCGAUUUCUCAUCACUGCUACUCCCCCCUGCGAUCAGGUGAGAGCCACGGUGUUGCUGUAGGACAAGUUCAGUGUUGCUGUCUGUAGCGGCACGCAGAGACCUAAAGGUGUGGAUUAUUCUAUCAGGCUGUUUCUCUCUUUGUAACCCCCGUACAUCCCGUCAUCUCCGUACACUAUCACUAUCCGUUAUUGUGGGAGUGGCAGCACUAAUGGAAACAGCUAGAGGAAACUAUUGCCCCAACCUUGUUUCCUCUCCCUACGCCUUCUGCUGCCUAAGACAGCUGCUGGUCUUGCCUCAUUACCAGAACGCCCCUCUAUUGUAUGGAUGCAUCUUGGAUGUUGAACGGAGGAUGAGACUGGAUAACUCUGAAGUCUUGGCAGCCUGGUACUCUUCAGGUGCCGCGGAGCAUCUGCAGCGAUUGCAAACCAAUCAUUGCUUAGCCCUGCUUUAAAGCAUUGCUGUCCUAUGUGAAGAGGACAGCAUAUAUAUUGCAAGCAAUGGGCUCCAGCAAAAGAGAUUCUCAUACAACAGUCUACAAAGGUUUCGGAUGGUGGCGGGCCACAUCCCCCUACAGGCCGCCUGGAGGGACAGCCCUGCUCUAAAGCAUGCUCAGACUUGUUCUUUUCAACAGACAUCUGCAUGUAGACAAUCAGUAUAAUCUGAACAUGUAAAUUAUAUCACAAAUUAUAAAUGGCCUUUUUUAUGUAGCAAUAAAUUUGAUAAAAGUGCAAUGAGAUAAUUUAACAAAAGUAAUUUUUUUUGGGAAGCUGCUAUGGAUGUUUGUAGCCAUGCAAAGUGUCACACUAAUGUCUGUUUUAUGUGGACAAGGAAAAACGAAAUUAUACUGAACAUUCCAAAUCCCACGAAGCUGCUUAUGUCAGCGUAUUGAAUUGACUGUUUACAGGUGCUGUAAUAUAAUGCAUGCUUUCAGGGCAGUUAAUAAAAUGAUUGAAUUUUC